AUGUUGAAGUUUAGCGAAGUCGCUUCAUAUGCAUGGCUAGGAGAAUUUGAAAUGCUCAAACACUCACAUUGCAAGAUCCUCAGCAAACCUUGGGCGUCGAAGGCUAACAGAGAAGUUGCAGGGAAAUACUUUAGGAUUGUUCGGGCACGCGAAGGAAUUCAUAGGCUUAAUAUUGAGAUCAGCCGUCUUCAGACAUGGGUGGACACUGAAGACGCCCAUUUGCUCGAAAUCUCAACUGCACUGACAACGACAAACACUGUUCUUGCCAGCGAGAUCCGAAUGCGGUAUGAGGAGCAUAGGCACAUAAAUAAUCUUCAUCAUAUUCGGCUUCAAGCAAUCUACAAUCUACAUGGGUAUUGUGGAAAUAGUGUCGGACAAGGGAAUGGGGUGGACAAGGAUCAAUCUGCAGUACUUGAGGAGCUGAGGGGCGCUGACUUGAUUGAAGUGAACAAGUACAAUGAAGCGGGUAAAAGAAAGGAACGUAAGGAAAUGGAGAGCACAAGGAAGGAGAGUACAUGGUACAAUGAAAUGGAUUCACUGGUGAACCCUUAUCCCAAGGCAUGA